AUAUAUCUCAACCGAAAGGUCCAAAAGGAGGGAAACCAAUAACGGCUUAUCCUUUCUUAGAAACUUGAACCUCUCACUCUUUCUAUUUUUAUCUUCCAAUGACACUCUCUCACCAAAUUCAAGACUCAGAGUUUCCAUUCAAAGAAAUUGGAAAUGAAGGUCUCACUAAACAGAUUCUCAGAAAAGGUGUUACUUGGCAAACUCCAUUUUCUGGUGACCAAGUUCAAGUUCAUUUCAGUGGACAAGUUGAAAAUGGACCAUCUCUUGAAUCCAGUUAUGAUAAAGGCUCGUCGUUUCAUUUCAAAUUAGGCCAAGGUGAAGUUAUCAAAGGUUGGGAUGAAGGAGUUGCUACCAUGAAGAAAGGGGAGAGAGCAAUCUUCAAAAUACCACCUAACUUAGCAUACGGUGAAGUUGGUUCUCCACCGUUGAUUCCUCCUAAUGCAACUCUAAUUUUCGAGAUUGAAAUGUUGUGUUGGAGUACUAUUAGGGAUUUGACUGGUGAUGGAGGAAUCAUGAAAAAGACAAUAAGGGAAGGAGGAGGAUGGGCUACUCCAAAAGAGCUCGAUGAAGUGCUAGUGAAAUAUGAAGCAAGGCUUGAAAAUGGAAUGCUUAUCAAGUCGGAUAAAGGUGUCGAGUUUAAUGUAAGUGAUGGCUAUCUUUGUCCAGCAAUGAGUAUAGCAGUAAAGACGAUGAGAAAAGGCGAGGUCGCAGAGCUGAGCAUGAAAUUUUUCUAUGGCCUUAUUAGUCAAAAUUCAAAUAUUACAAAUGAUGAGCUUGAUGGUUUACCAGAAUCUAACUUAAUUAGCAUCAAACUUGAGUUGGUAUCAUGGAAAGUUGUUACUGAUAUCACUGGAGAUAAGAAAAUACUGAAAAAAGUUAAUAAAGCCGGCGAGGGGCAUGAUCGUCCUAACGAAGGAUCUCACGUGAAAGUCAUAUAUUUAUGUAAAGGAGAAGAUGGUACAAUUAUCGAGAGGAAAGGAUCAAAGGAAGAACUUUUUGAGUUCACAACUCAAGAAGAACAAGUGUAUGAGGGUCUAGAAAAAGCAAUAAUGACAAUGAAAAAAGAAGAACAAGCUUUGGUGACUAUCAAUGCUGAAUAUUUGUGUGACCAUAGUAAUUUGCAAGGAAACAAGGCCCACAAUAAUAAAAUUUAUUAUGAAGUUGAAUUAAUUGAUUUCACUAAGGAGAAGCCAUUUUGGAAAAUGGACACUCAAGAGAAACUAGAAGCUUGUGAACAAAAGAAGCAUGAUGGAAAUCUUCUAUUCAAGGCUCAAAAUUUUACUCGCGCAUCAAAGAAAUAUGAAAAGGCUGUAAAAUACAUCGAAUUUGAUCACACAUUUAGCGAAGACGAGAAGCUUCAUGCUAACACUUUGAGAUUAUCGUGUAAUUUGAACAAUGCUGCUUGUAAACUUAAAUUGGAGGAGUACACUGAAGCUGCAAGGUUAUGCACAAAGGUCCUAGAACAAGAUCCCUUAAAUGUGAAGGCUCUUUAUAGAAGAUGCCAAGCAUACCUUAAAACAUCAGACUUGGAGAAAGCUGAAGCUGAUAUAAAAAAAGCUUUGAUUAUUGAUCCAAAUAACAGAGAAAUUAAACUUGAGUACAAAGAGCUCAAACUGAAGCAAAAGGAAUACACUAAAUAUGAAGCUGAUAUCUUUAGUACAAUGGUUUCAAAGAUGAAUUAGUUCAGAAAGUGAAUUUGCGUUCCACAUCUCUUUUUGAAGUAGAAAUAUGCAUGUAGUGUGUAUUUAUCAUUUAUUUACUUUAAUUUUUGGGGUAUAGCCCAAAUGUAAACAUAAAAUCAACCUCAAUUAAGCAGGGGUUAGUUUUUCAUAUUAUUUGUAACAAUUACAGAUACACUUAAUAAAAUAAAGUCAAUAUAUGUGCCUUUGUGUUCCA